AUGUCGCCCCCCGCCCAGAUUGAAGCCCUCGUCACUGCCGACGCCCAUCGGGCCGAGGUCAAGCUGGUGCCGCUGCCCAAGCUCGAGUCCAACGAGGUCCUUGUCAAGGUGCUCAACGUGACGCUCAACCCGACCGACUGGAAGCACAUUGCCCUCCUCUCGCCGCCGGGCAACAUUGCCGGCUGCGAUUUCUGCGGCGUCGUCGAGGACGUUGCCCCGGACGCCAAGGGCAACGUCAAGGUCGGAGACAAGGUCGCCGGCUUUGUCCACGGCGGCAAGUACUCUGACCGCGGAAGCUUUGCCCAGUACCUCAAUACCAGCAGCGAGCUCGUCAUGAAGGUGCCAGAGGGUCUCGACAACGACGUGGCCAGCAGCGUCGCCGUCGCCGGGGAGACGGCCGCACUCGCCCUCUUUGGCCGCCUUGGACUGCCCAACCCGGACCCGGCCAAGGAGCUGCCGGAGAUCACCAGGGACUCGCCCGCCCUGCUCGUCUGGGCCGGCUCGACGGCCGUGGGCCAGUAUGCCGUCCAGCUGGGACGGGCUGCCGGCUACCGCGUCAUCACCACAGCCAGCCCAAAGAACCACGAGCUGCUCAAGUCGAUGGGCGCCUACGAGACGCACGACUACCGCGACGAGUCGACGCCUGAAAAGAUUGCCAAGGCCCACCCCGACCUGAGCAAGGCCCUCGACUGCAUCUCGGAGAACGGAACGCAGUCGCUGUGUGUCCGCAGCCUGGGCGAGCAGGGCGGCGAGGUCGUCGUCCUUCUCAAGCCCGAGUCGGACGCCAUCAAGCUGCGCGACAGCGUCAAAAUCACCCACAUCCUCGCCUACACCUGCCUCGGCCGCCCCUUCACCUACGGCAAGGCCGAGUUUGGCCAGGACAUUGUCGACAAGGACUCUGCGUUCAUCAAGCAGUGGCUCAACGGCGACCAGGGUCUCUUCCACCACCUCUUCAAGAACAAGCGCAUCACCGGCAACAAGAUCAAGCACAUGGAGGGCGGCCUGCACGCCGUCACCGAGGGCCUCAAGUACCUCCAGGAGGGCAAGGUCUCGGCGGAGAAGCUGGCCUACACCAUCGACGUCGUCUAA